GUGUGGCCGCCUUGCUCGUAACUAGGUUUAACCACUGACACUGGCGUCCAGCUCGCUCAUACACCACGCAUAUUCAUACAAGGAAACUUGGCGAAUAUAUCUCCCCUUGUAUUCGGGUUCUGUGUUUUGGAGACGUAAAAAGAAUCAGUUUUUGUGAUUAACACUUCUUUCACAUUGGACUGUACAGAAGAGGCAGAUCGGUUCUUUGUACGUCUUACAAUUUUUGAGGAGGUUUACUAGGCUAUUGGGCAUUACCAUGCAGGUUGGCAUCAUCAGUGUCAUGAUUUACUGCACCUAUGUGGUGCUGGGUGCAUCCAAUGUGUCGGAGGAGCAGGCUCAGUGUCCGCUGGGUUACUUCCCCUGUGGCAACCUCACCGUGUGCCUUCCUCAGCUGCUGCACUGUAACGGCGUGGAUGACUGUGGGAACCAGGCAGACGAAGAGAACUGUGGAGACAACAAUGGAUGGCCACACUUAUUUGACAAGUACUUUGGGAUGCCCAACAAUGACGUAGGAACCAAAUCCAAUGCAUGCUUGCUGGGGCUUGUCCCCGACCAGUGCCUGUGUAGAGACCUGGAGCUUGACUGCGACGGGGCCAACUUUAAAGACGUGCCCAGUGUGUCUGUGAACGUCACCAUGAUGUCACUGCAGCGGAACCGGCUGCGGAAAUUGAAUGCGGAUAUAUUCUUCAAGUACCAGAACCUGCAGAAACUGUAUCUUCAGCACAACCUGAUCCGUGUGGUGAGCCCGAACGCUUUCCGUGGCCUGUACAACCUGACCAGACUAUAUUUAAGCUACAACAAGAUUUCUGUUCUGAUGCCUGCAGUGUUUCAGGACCUUCAUAACCUGGAGUGGCUGAUUCUGGAGAACAACCGUAUCCAGGACGUCUCAUCCGCCACCUUCCUUGGCCUGCACUCACUGGUGCUGCUGGUUUUGUUGAACAAUAAUCUGUCACAGCUGGAUGACAUUUGCCAAGAGAUGCCCAGACUCAAUUGGCUGGACCUGGAGGGCAAUCAGAUUGAGCGUGUGGGAAAUGUGACCUUCCGUUCCUGCAGCAUGCUGACUGUCCUUGUGUUGCAGCGGAACAAAAUUAAUCAUCUUCAUGACCAGGCUUUUUCUCCUCUUCACAAACUUGGCGAGCUGGAUCUGUCCAAUAACCGCAUCACAGAUUUCCCGCCUCAUCUCUUUGUUGACCUGGUAGAUUUGCUUCAGUUGAAUAUAUCCUACAACCCCAUUCUUGACCUGGAGGUGGAUCAUUUCGACAACCUGCAUAAACUGAAAUCAUUGGUCAUCGAGGGAAUCGAGAUUGGGAACAUCCAGAGACGCAUGUUUGAGCCCCUCAGGAAUCUCACACACAUCUACUUCAAGAAGUUUCAGUACUGCGGCUACGCUCCACACGUGCGCAGCUGUAAGCCCAACACCGAUGGCAUCUCCUCGCUAGAAGACAUGCUGGCCAACAUCGUGCUCCGUGUCUUUGUAUGGGUUGUCUCGGCAACCACAUGCUUCGGCAACGUCUUUGUAAUCUGUAUGCGAUCCUACAUCCGCUCGGAGAACAAGCUCCACGCCAUGUGCAUCAUCUCACUCUGCUGUGCUGACGGGCUCAUGGGCGUGUACCUGUUCAUGAUCGGUGCGUACGACCUGAAGUUCCGCGGUGAGUACAACCGGCAUGCGCAGGCGUGGAUGGACAGCGCAGCAUGCCAGGUGGUGGGCUCUCUGGCCAUGCUGUCCACGGAGGUGAGUGUGCUGCUGCUCACCUACCUGACGCUGGAGAAGUACAUCUGCAUUGUGUACCCGUUCCGCUACCUGACGCCUGGCCGCCGCCGGACCGUCACCAUUUUGGUGGUCAUCUGGGUGCUGGGCUUCAUCAUCGCCUUCUUGCCGCUUGUCUGCAAAGGGGUCUUCCGGAACUUCUACGGGACCAACGGCGUGUGCUUCCCCUUGCACUCGGAGCAGCGGGAGACGGAGGGUGCCCAGAUCUAUUCCAUCGUCAUCUUCCUCGGGCUGAAUCUGGCAGCGUUCCUCAUCAUAGUCCUCUCCUAUGGCAGCAUGUUCUACAACAUCCAGAGAACCGGCACGCAGACCACCAAGUACACCAACCACAUCAAGAAAGAGCUGACCAUUGCCAAGCGCUUCUUCUCCAUUGUCAUCACAGACUCGCUCUGCUGGAUCCCCAUCUUCAUCCUGAAGAUCUUAUCCCUCAUGCAGGUGGAGAUUCCAGGCUCCAUUAGUUCGUGGGUAGUGAUCUUCAUCCUGCCCAUCAACAGCGCGCUGAACCCCAUCCUCUACACACUGACCACACGGCCCUUUAAGGAGACGCUGGUCCAGGUCUGGGCCAACUACAAGCAGCGGCGCCCCCUGCUGGGCAACCGGCCCACGCACCUGCGCUCCUUCACCUGGCUGGAGAUCGUGCCUCUGCAGGAGGGGAGCCAGGCCACCACCAUGAUGCUCACCUCGCCGGACUUCCUGCCACCGCAGCCCCCUGACGCGCCCUGCGCCUCGGCAACGUCCCAGCUGCUCCGUGAGGCCGGCGCCACCGAGACGUGAGACAUCGGUGUGUCCACCACACUGCCCCGUACUGCCCCCAGACCUCCAUACAACUCUGCUACCUAGUUCAUCUCCAGCACCACUGCGCGUCUGGUAGUCAUCUGCUGUUUCCACAGACUUCAUUAGGCAUAUGUUAUGGCCGUAUGUUUGUUGAUGUUCACAUUGCAUGUUUACGUUCGGAGACAGGGUAUUAAAGAAUCCACACGUGUGUGGAGUAAAGGACUUUUGAUGAUUGAUGCACAUCCAAAGGGACUCAGUACCACUGAUUUUACUGUGCUUGUUUUUCCCCUCAAGUGGACGACUGGGAGUUAUGUAAGAAGAGUGGAGAAAUGGAACUGGUUGUUUUGAACAACAGCAUCAAAGCGUAAAACCUGCCUCAAGACUGGAACACGGUCAAGCCGUUCCUCUGCCCAGUAGCCAUCAUGUGUCCAUCUGUGUCCAGCUCUCUGUGGCGUUACUCAGUGUAUGUGUGCCACUGAGGUGUUGUGCUGGAGAACAGGCUUCCAGUCCAGAGGGUCGAUUUCACAGCAGGAAAUGACCAA